AAAACUUUAUGUAGUUUUAAAUUGCACAGACCUACAAGUAUGUACCUCAAACUCGUCCCAACUUACAUCCCUCUCAUUAAUUUGCGUAAACCAUUUCCAUGUUGCGGUGAGGUUCUUUACAUUUCUUCAAGAGCAUCUCAAUUUAGUCCAGAUUUGGAACUCUAGGUUUCCAUUCUCCCAAAUAGUUAACCUAAGGAUCCCUAGCACCGAUCGAAUAGUUUACUGGGAAAAUGCAAAUUGAACCUAAAUUACAAGUUGACAUGUAUCAAGUGAGACUCGUUCGAGAUACUUGUAGAAGAUGCAUUGGCGGCAGUUGAUGCAUUUUUAAUGUAGGACUCUGCCAAUUUUUCUAAUAAAAUAAUUUAUUUCGCGAGAUUGAUCCAGAAACGGUAUAGACAUAUUUGACAUCUGCUAUUGAGCUGUUGAGAAUCACGAAGCGGAAUAGGAGAGAAGAGACACAGCCAUGGGGCAAUCGUCCUCCACCGACCAGCCAUCCCCUGAGCAACGGGAAGCAGAAUCCUUAGCUGCGUCCACAGGAGCACUUCCGACGCUCCAAAAGACAUUUUCUAUCCUCUCCGAUCCCCAAACAAACACCAUCCCAGUUGAAUCUCUUAAGAAAUGUUUCCGAUUUACCAUCGAGAACUCUGCGAGCGAAGUAACCAGUGUACCUGAAGAAUUUCCCGUUCUCUUGAGUCAUCUGAGUUCAUGUAUAGUUGAUCUUUUCUUCUUAUCUCAAAAGGGAGGAGUGAGCUGGGUGGAGUUCUUGAAAGGCUAUUCUAGGUGUUGUGGAAGGAAAAUUGCUUCCAGUUCAUUCAACAAUCUAUUUAGGGUUUUUUCUAUGAUGAAUUCGAAAGCAGGUCUUCCUGAAAAACUGCAAUUCGAUCCUGAUGAUGAUGAAUGUAAAGCCAAUGGAUAUCUAUUGCCCCUUGAUAUAUCGAUGCUUCUUUGGAUGUGCUGGGUUAUGUGGUCGGAUUGUAAGAAGCUGAGCUCUACGGAAUCUUCAGGACAUUCUGGGCUUCUUCCAGAUGUAAGUCACUUGGUAUUGUCAGCCACUGAAUCAUGUAUUGAAAAUUGUACCACUAAAUUGGACAUUUGGGAAUCUUCAACUUUACAAACCAAUGUUCAACUUCCUGCUGCUAAGAUCACCAUGUGGGCCUUGAAGACAUUGCCAAACCUUGCAGAUUGUCUUUCACAAUUUGUCCAAGCAAGACUUUUCUACUUUGCAACCCAUGAGGACAAACUAGAACAGGGGUUGCAUUUUGUGAUUGAUAUUUCCCAAAGGGAUGAUUCCAUUAGCAACCUCCUUACUCGUGGAAGGGCAUGGGCUAUCUCGCUUACUUUGCAGAGCACUAUGAGUGAAGAAAUUUCAAAAGCUUGCUUUUCAAGUAGUGCAGAUGAGAUGAAUGAAUUGAUUCUUUAUCGGUCAUCAAUCCAUGGGAAAGGUUUGAACAGGUUUUGGUCAAAAACUGAAGGAUAUAAUGGUCCAUUGUUGAUUUUGGUGGCCGCUUAUGAACCUAAUAAAAAUGACACAAGAAAAUGGAUUAUAGGUAUUCUCACUAAUCAGGGUUUAGAGAGCAGGGAUUCGUUUUAUGGAACUUCUGGUAGUUUAUAUGCUAUUAGUCCAGCCUUUCAUGUUUACUGGUCUUCAGGUAUGCAAUCUUUCUUGUAUAUGCUUAUCUAUGUGACUAAACUGACCAGUACAAUAGUAGCAUGCCAAUUAUACAUAAUGAUGAUUGCUUAGGGAAGGAGAAAAAUGUUGUCUAUAGCCACUUGCAUCCAACUGCUAGGAUGUAUGAGGCUCAUCCAAAGCCUGUGGGAAUUGCUUUUGGAGGAUCUAUUGGCAAUGAGAGAAUAUUUCUGGAUGAGGAUUUUGCUGUAGUCACUCUACGUCAUCAUGCUGUUGACAAAACCUACCAGAAUGGUCCCCUUUUCCCCGGUCAGGUUAGCAUCCUUACUCACAACUUACUUGCU